UUAAUCUCUCCAGCCAGCCCUUCAGCUCCAGUAGCAUCUUGGCAGCAGAGAGAGAGGGAGGAGGUUCUUGCCAUGCCCACCCAGCACCAUCUACAGCAGCAGUAGCAGCGGCAAGGAGCCAAGAUUUCUCCUACAAGGACACAAUGUCUAUUUUCAACCUGGCUUGGCUUCUCGCUGGCCUUUGUGUGCUUGUUCACUGCCAUCACAUCCCUAUCGACUUUCAGGCUGACAACCAAUAUUCUCUUGUUGGUCACCAAAAUUUGCCCCAUCUGAAGAUAGCUCCAGGAAAUAUUGAUUUUGCCUUCAAACUCUACCACGAGGUUGCUUUAGGGGCUGCUAAGAAGAAUAUAUUCUUUUCUCCCCUGGGCAUUUCCACUGCCUUUUCCAUGCUGGCACUGGGAGCUAAGUCUCACACACUGAGUCAGCUUUUAUCAGGACUUAGCUUUAACCAGACAGAAAUCACUGAGCAAGAAAUACGUGAAAAUUUUCGUGCACUCCUUGAGCACUUAAACAAUCCCUCCAGAAAUAUUGAGCUGACCCUUGGGAAUGCCCUUUUCAUAGAUGAGGAAUUCAAACCCCUAAAGAAGUUCCUGAAAGAUGCUAAAUAUUUCUUUAAGUCUGAUAUUUCUCAUACUAACUUCAACAAUUCUGAAGAAGCUGAAGAGGAGAUUAAUAGCUACAUAAAGAAGAAAACCAAUGGAAAAUUAGUUGAUGUUGUCAAGGGUCUUGAUGCAGAGGUUGUAACGGUCCUUGUAAAUUAUAUAUUCAUGAAAGCCCAUUGGAAAAAUCCUUUCAAUCCUUCAAAUACUCAAGAAGAUUACUUCUUUGUGGAUGAACACACUACAAUCAAAGUUCCUAUGAUGUUCAGAAAUGGCCUUUAUUAUACAUACCAUGACACAGAUCUGUCCUGUCAAGUGGCAGUGCUCCCAUACCAGGGCACUACUUCAGCAUUCUUUGUCCUGCCUGACCCAGGGAAAAUGAAGCAGGUGGAAGAUGCCCUAGGGAGAGAGCUUUUCUUAAAAUGGUUGAAUUCAUUGAGAGAACAGAGAAUAAAUCUCCAUCUUCCAAAGUUUUCCAUAUCUACCAAAUAUGUUCUGAAAGGGAUAUUGAGAAGAUUGGGUAUUACUGAUAUAUUUACAAAUGAAGCCAAUCUAUCUGGAAUUACUGGGAAGCCUGACCUGCAGAUUUCUAAGGCUUUUCACCAAACUUAUCUGAACGUCCAUGAGAAUGGCACUGAAGCUGCAGCUGCUACUGUCAUUGAGGCUGUUCCUGUUUCUCUCUUCCCUAUAAUGAAAAUGAGCAGGCCCUUCUUAAUGAUAAUUUUUGAAUCUAAUAGCCAAUCCAUCUUAUUCAUGGGUAGAAUUACAAACCCUAAUGAAAACUGAUCCCAUUACUAGUGUUUUAGUUGUAAUUUGGACAAUGUAAUGCUGGCUAAAUUAAACAUAUGUCAUUUGCUAUUCUAAAACUGUCACUGUCUUGUAUUCUUAAAGAAAAUAAAUACUGAUGACAUAGAA